AGCAACAGUUCCCAUCUCGUGUCAUUCUCUCUCUUUCCUUCAGCCGCAUCCUUGGUUGAGACUUCGCCGCCGCUACUACCAUUGACCAAAGACAGACACACACACACACACACACACACACACACAUACAUAUAUAUAUAUAUCGUUGUGGCGCUCCAACAUGUUGCCCGUCGUCGUCCUCCUCAGCGCCCUGGGCUCGGUCGCCCUCGCUCUUCCCAGCCCGCCGUCGGCUGCCUUGUCCGAGGUGGCGGCGCAGCCUAAGAGAAACUCGACCGUCAAAUGCCGCCCACCCCCCAUGCGGACCUCUACAACUGAGAUCACGACCGCGAGCCCCAUCGUCACCACCGGGUCCGGAGCGGCGGCGGGGACAGACCCCGAAGUCAGCUCCAGCACGACCGGGGCGCCGCCGGCUGGAACGGACUCUGCCGCCCCCGCCACCGAGACGACCCACCCCGAGAAAGAAGAUGACGAAGAUACAGAAGGCGAGGAGGAGGAAGAUACAGACAAACAUCCCAGCGGAGAAGGAGGACUACUCGCAUGGGUGGCGCCCCCGUCCAACGUUUCCGUCCACGCCGGCCUCGAGGGCUGCAACAAGGAAGACCUCCAGGGCCUGAGCCUCGCCGACCAGGCCCGGCGAUGCGGCACCGGCAACAUCUGCCGGGCCCUGGCCGAGGACCCCAACGCGGCCGAGGUCUGGGACUGCUUCGAAAAGUUUGAGGCGCCCCCCACGCGCCCCACGCACAAGCUGCCCUGGAAGGAGCCCGUCGACGAUGAGACCAAGCGCGUGGCGGCCAACUGCAACGGGCGCUCGGCGUCGGAGGACAUUUGCGGCACGGGGCCGACGUGCGCCCGCUACAACAACCGGGACGAGCACGACGACAUGUACCGCACCCCGGACGACUGCCUGGCCUCCCACUACGGAAAGGGCGAGGAGGCGCCGCAGGGAACCCCGGGAGGUGCCGCCCCUGGAGGCGGUGCCGGCGCCGCCACGCGGAGAGCGCGAUGAGCUCAACACUCAGACAUAAAACAUAUUUGGUUUUGUGUUUAGGAAGCGGGCAUUGUCAAAAAAAGAAUAGUAUAGAAUAAUAGGGGGAAUAAGCAGACAAAGGCAAUCGAGGCUCGCGACUGUAAUGACUUUUUCGGUUUGUCUGGUGCCACCAGAGUACUGGCCACAGUGAGCUUGUUUCCGAUAUAAUAACAGAAUAGCGAUCAUAUAAUUGCGUCGAUUUCCAG